GUCCUCUGUCUUGUAACCAUCGCAGUAAAUGAACCCCGCACAGGAGCUUUUCGGAGAUCAGCAGGAUGAUGACCAUCAGCAGAACUACAUUCGUAAUAAUGGGCUCAUGGGGGGGAUCAUCGUCUGAAACGGUCGCGGGUGGCUGGAGUGAACCGUAGCAGUGUUUUUUCACCUCCUUGUUUCGGCCUGCGGUCCGGGGGCCCAGUGAAAGUGUCACUCGGCGAGCUGGGUAGAGCUUCUAUGAGGAAUAAUUUCGUGGCGCGCGGUAAAUGGCGGCGUCGGGCAGCGGUUACGUUGUCGCGAAAGGACUACCUGGGAUGGAGGAUUGGGUGUGUUGAGGAUGUGUACGCGUGCAGAUAUCCGAAACCAGCAGCGGAAUGGUAGAAAGAGUCUGACCAUCAUCCAGGGCUUGCCCAAGCAGUUCAGCUCUAAGAAAAUCCUUAAGCACUUCAAAAAGGAGUUCAAUUGCAACGGUAGCAUUACGGAGGACCCCGAGUUCGGCAAGGUUAUCAUGAUCCAGGGUGACAAGCGAAAGCUGGUAGGAGACUUCUUAGUCCAUGAGGGCAUCGCCGAGAAGGAUUUCGUCAAGGUCCAUGGUGUAUAAGCGCGUUGUCUAUUCCGGAACGUUCCUAUUGAUGAUAGUGAUGGUAUUGUACGAUGAAGUCUUCUAUCCUACACU